GUUUCAUUACACGCAUAUAUGCAACACUAACCCCCGACUGUCUGUGUAUUUAGAUUCUCACUCACACAAAAACGAACACACAUUGCUUUAAUCUGAUGCAGAAAAGGCUUUGAACAUUGAAUUUGGAGUGUGAUAAUAUGGCAGAUCGAGUACACCCUACGGCGCAACCGCCUUCACCCUCGACGGAAACAUCAUCAAAAAGCAAUGUUGAAGCUCCGCAUCCACCAAUUCCGGAGCCAUCGAGGCCGGUCCCUCCGCCACCAUCAACUUAUGUCAUUCAGCUUCCCAGAGAGCAAAUCUUCCGUUAUCCACCACCUGAAAGUUCCCGCAAAUUCCAAACUUUGAAUGUUAAGAAAAAUAGACGGAGCUGCUGCCGGCGCUGUUGCUGCUUUACCCUCUGUCUCCUUCUCCUCCUCAUUGUCGCGGCUGGCAUCGCGGCCGCGGUGUUCUACCUCGUCUUCCGUCCUGAGUCACCAAAGUAUACAGUAGAUCGAAUCAGGAUAAGUGGCUUCAACCUGACGUCAGCAGCGCCUAUCACGCCUCGAUUUGACGUCAGCAUCAAGGCGAACAACCCCAACGACAAGAUCGGGAUAUACUAUUUAAAAGACGGCACCGCUAACGUUUUUUACAACGACGUUAGGUUAUGCGACGGCGUUUUGCCCACAUUUUACCAACCUAAGAAUAACAUAACGGUAUUUCACACGGCGUUAAAGGGGUCUAACAUUGUUCUGGCACGCACCUCUAAAACGGAGUUAUUAAAUGAACAGAAAAAGUCAACAGUGCCGUUUCUUUUGAGAGCAAAAACGCCCAUUAAGAUCAAGGUGGGGUCCAUUAACACUUGGAAAAUUAACGUUGAAGUCAAGUGUGACGUCAUUGUUGAUGCAUUAAAUGAGAAGGCAAAAAUUAUUUCUAAAAAAUGUAAUUAUAGUGUGAGAUUAUGGUAGAUAAUUUUGAUUUUAGAAUGACAAUUAUUUAUUCUUUCGGUUGUACACAGUUAUGAAGGUGGUUCUUAAUUUGGGAUCUAUGCAAUUUUAUACAUCGCUAUUUUAACUUUCUUAUAAACUCUAUGUAUAAAAAUUAAUCAUGUUCUUUUUAAUUGUCCCAUCAAGAAAUAAGAAACGAAUCGUUAAAUCUUUA